AUGCCGAUCGAAGGACGUCAGCUGCUUGAAGAAGAGCAGCGUGUGGCUCAGGAAAAUAUCAGCCGCAUGUGGCUCGAAUUGAAAGUCCCUAGCCGGGACAAGAUCCAGAAAUAUGCUCAAGAGUUUAUCCAUCAGACGUGGUCGGAUGGUCGUGGCGUAACCAAGGCGACUGCCAGUAAAUUUGCUGCAGAGGUUCUUUGCCACGUUCGGCAGCGAUUUGAUGAGGUGAUCGCCCAGGAAGACAGAAUGCUUGCGCUGAAGGGAACUGCCUUCCCGCAAGAUGCCGAUUCUCAAGCUUGCAGAAAGUUGAAGCUGGAAGACAUGAAAUGGGCAUUUGAAGAGUAUGUCAAACCAUAUACUGAGAGAUUUGGGAAGGAUCUUUUUCUUUGCAGAGUUUGCGACACGAACCAAAAAUUGUUCUCAUUCGAAGCUGUCAUCCAGCACUAUGCCGCAAAACACACGAGCGCUCUGAGCCAUGGCAACGCUGUUGUGUAUUGGAAAGCCCCUUGGCCUAUCGACCCACCUUUCGACCCAUCUCCGAACAUUCCGUGGGUUCACGAGGGACUUCACUACAGCGGACAACCCAUCUCUACAUCACAACCUCCUGUCAAACCCGGAUAUGUAUCCACUGGUGGAUAUCAGACGCAGGUCGCAGAAAUCGCAGCCCUUGCACUCGCGUCCUGGGACAGACUCGAUGGGAUCUGGGACCUUACAGAUCCCGUUCGGCUUUAUGUCGUGAUACAACAUAUCAACCUGAGGUGCUUGAAGGAAUUCAAUGACGAGCUCAGUCUCCCUCUAUUUACAGACAUGGUUUUGCAACGACCGGAAUUGCAAUCGAUACGAGAUCUUUUAGGACUGCGAUGCAAAAUUUGCUCAGAACUUAGCAGAACCGCACCUGCGCAGUUGAAUGGACGGCAUGGAAGCUGGUAUUCCUUACCAGAGCUGUUGACUCACUUCCUGCGAGAUCACCUUCACUCUGAUGGAGUCAGAAUGGAAACCGGCGCCACGCCAUUCUCUUCCUGGGCACCCGCAAACGCAGACUGGACGCGAGAUAUGUUGUGGCUACCAAGUCCGGCCGCCAUUCAGGCCUUAUUGCAUUCUCCAGGCAUUGACCGCGACAAACUACAACUUAUUGCAGAAGCAUUCCCGACUUAUUUCCCCUACCCUCUGCCGUAUGUUGGGCCAUCGCCACCAAUCCGGAGCCACGAUGAAGCCCAAAAUUCGAGGAGCAAAAACGCACACUAUUACGACCGUAAGAAGGGAUUUACUGGCCAAAGCAGUGUUCGUGGCAGUGGCGAUGGGUCGUACAUUGCCACUUCUGAAGGGUCUGGUAUUACCGCAGAAGAUGAAUACGAUCCUCAUCGCCCAGCACCCACAUUUAAGCGACCAUAUCCUCAAGAGUCUCGAUAUAUGAUGCACUCGCCUCCCAGAAACCGUGGCAGGUAUGGAGAUUUGCCCUCCUACCCUGCAAGGUCCCCAGUAUACCCGGAGUACUAUUUUCGAGAUGCUGAUUAUAGUCCUGUCUGGGACCUACACAGCCGGGAGGGGCCAUUGUCCGGGGCUUCGAUGGUCUAUUCACACGAGGAUGGGUCGUCAAGAUUCUCAUACUUGGAGCCAUUGAACAGGAAUAGCGAGACAACUGUGGAAGGCACUUCUGAAGCCAUCCCUGGAAGCAAAGCAGCAAGCCGACAGUCUCUACCACUAGCUGUUGACACAGAAACGCCUGCAGUCUCUCGGGGGACUGAGGGUCAGCGCAGCAGGCAACAUGAGCUCGUAUCAAAUGCAGCUGCAGAUUUCCUCAACAAUUUCGAUCCAACAUGUGAAGAGAACGCACCGGGAUCUGAUGUAGACUUGGGUGCCUUGCAUGUCCGCCACACUGAGCAGAACCAUUCAGACCCAACUCAGCCCAGGCCCACAGCUAGACGGUCCCAGGAAAAUCAACCUGCUUCUCGGCCCAGCACCCGACUCGGCGACAAUCAUCCUCCGGUAAUCCGGAGACACACACCUUCUCUGCCGAUUCGACAGAGUGCCCGGCCCGACCUGACGAGUGACUACCAGAGGUUCCGUGACCCCAGUUCUACCUUCUUGGAAGAAGAUCGAUCUGGAACUUCCCGAGUUUUGGUGGCUGAGCAUGAAUAUAUGGUAGGUCUACCAGAAGGAUCGCAUAGAGUGCAAAUGCAAGGCACCAGCGCUGCACUGCACGAUAGGGUGGUUGCAUGUGCAGGUACUCAGUACGAAACCCGAUACUAUACCGAGGAUGAUUAUUUCAACCGAAGCGGCAGAAGGUACGAGUUGAUAGACACCCUUCCAGCAGAAGCAUCCAUGCGCCCGUUCGAGAGCGGGCCACCCCGAUAUAUAGACAGCCACCUCUCAAAUGGGCCAGGCUAUGACGACAGUCACAGGCGACACCGACAUGGAGGUGACAGCCACGAAGCCUUUCCCUCCGCAGCUCCACAAAGCUACCCGCAUACUGGAGAGGAGUUUGGUGCUCAAAGCUAUCCAGAAAGACAUAUCGAGCAUUCCAGGUACGAGGAUCGAUAUGCCAGCGGAGAUCGUUUUGCACCCAGACAACGGGUUUGGAGGGUGGCAGAGGACAAUCGGGAACUAAUCUACGAGCCUCUCGACCAACCUACGCGAUACACUCCUCGAUGA